AUGGCUAAAGUUGGAGACGACAAUAAAGCAGGAUUAAAAAUGCUUAUGGAAGCAGAAGAAAAUGCUAAACAAGUUGUAGAAAAAGCAAAAGCUGAAAAGGUUCAAAAAAUAGCACAAGCAAGAGAAGAGGCUAAAGCAAAAGUUGCUGAAAUGAAGAAAGAAAAAGAUGAAGAAUUUCAGAAAUAUCUUGCUACUCACAACACAGACUUAGAUGCUCAAACUCAGACUCUUAAAGAAGAAACACAAAAGAAAAUUCAAGUUAUUGAAACUGAGUUUAAUCAACAUAAAGAAGAAGCUGCUAAUAUCUUAACUGCUAUUGUUUUAAAUGUUCAAUAA